GGCUUUUUUGCUUUCGCUCAUAUUCAUCUAUUGUACCAUUGUGUCAAAAAUGAUUCUUGAUUUUAAUAUAUUGUUAGCCAUAAUCUACUUAGAUCUUAAAAAAAAGAGAAAUGUUGUGACAAACAUUGAGUCUGUGCUUCGUGUGAAACUGCAAGACUUUAAAGCGCCUCUGUUGAUGACUUGUGGUUUUGUCCCAUGAUGCUUCGAGGGGUUGCAUUCAGCACAACGACAUUGCUGCUAACACUGUAAGAGAGGCUGACAAUGAAUAAUGACAUGUGGAUUUUCCUUUUAGCGCUUCACUUUAUUUGUGUUUCUUCCAAUGAGCCGUACAUUAAGACGUCUUGUGAGCAGAAUCCAGAUGUGUGUGAGACGCACAGACUCCGCGCUUCGCUUGGUUCCUCUGUGCUUCUUCCAUGCUACUUUAAAACAACUAACGUCACCUUUGUGUCAUGGACCCACACUCCUGAGCUGGCCCUGCUGGAUCUCACGUCUGCAGGUCGCAUUGUGUUCCUGGACCCCAGGUUUGGUCGUGUGAAAGCGUUUCCAAACCAGGGUUCUGAGGGGAACUUCUCAAUCAGCAUCAGUGAGCUAAAAAACUCCGACCUGGGGUGUUACGUCUGUACACAAGAAGAGAAAUGUCUUCAAGUGGAGUUGGUUGGUAAAAAUGGUGCUCAAAGCAUAUACAUGAUGCUACUGAUGUACAUUGGUGCUGCUGUGGCUGCUUUCAUCUUGCUGAGCUUUGGUGGCUACUGCUGCAAAAAGUUCUGCUGUAAGACCACAUCUCAGUACAAUCCUGAAUUUGCAGUUACUGAGGGCGCAAACAAUGAUAAUCUUGUUUAUGAAAAUGAGGACCAAGGCCCAUUCAACCAGCAGGAACUCCCCGGAAAUUAUUGCAACACAGUAUCAGGAGCGCUGCCUCCUCCGGACAUGACUCUGCACCCUCCAAGCAGCAGUGGGAUUUAUCCAAAUUUAGACGAGUUUCAGAGGACGGAGAGUCUGAGAACUAAGCAGAGAUUUCAUAGAGAACUCUUCAACAGAUUACGGCAAGCAAGCAGCAGGCGCCAUUAUUAUGUUAACCAACAUCAAAUGAGGCAGCAACAAGCCAAUGCAGCUCAGAAGGAGAAGCGUCACAAAGGUCGUGGGAAGAAGAAAGUCAAAGACAAUGGUGAAUUCAAAAACCCGAUUUACAACAGAAGCUUAGACCAGCUCAACAACCUGUAGAUAGUUAAGAGAGUUUAAACAGCUGCCGAGACAGAAGCAGUAUCAACAUCCUUUCUAAUCACAAUGUAGUUUACUGUUUUUUCAUAUUAUAACUUGAUAAAUGUCUUGUUUGCUGCAUAACAUAACUGUUUGUUUCUGUACAUCUAUCAGACAAAGACAGAUUGCUGUUGGGUGAAGUUCAUUAAAUAAAGAUCUUAACACA